AACAAGUGACUCUAACCGUAAGCUUGCCAGGACGGCUUCAUCUUGAAUAUCGACCGCACUCGACUUAUUUGCAAGCACUGGCAACUCUAGCGGGGAUGCGCCAUAGUUCUUUCCCUCGUUCUUCCAUUUUGGUUUACGGACAGCACACUAUUCAUUCACUGGUUCAAUCGACCGUCAUUGCUCAAGUCGAAGCACUGCUUGAAAACAACCGAAUUGAGGAUGCCGCUGACCUCACAAAAACCUUCGCAUCUGGUCAGACAUUAGAUUCUGACGAGGUAGAAACACUCGAAUACAUACAUCAAUCUAUUGCAUUUGCUCUGUUCUCUCAAACGCGUUUCGUGGAGGCGGCCCCGCACUUUCUUGCAGGCGCACUCGAUCCCCGUGUCCUUGUAUCCUACUUUCCUGAGUUAUCACGGCCAUUGCUCGCUGAUGGUGAAGAAGCGGAGGUGUACGAUGGUAUUUCAAAGCGAAUGCCCAUCGAGGCGAACGUUGAUGAUCUCAUUGCCGCAAACCUAGUCAGGAAUUACUCCCCUCAUCUUCCGCCCUCCACCCGUGAAGCGCCUGCUGCCCAGGAGAUUCACAAGAUUCUUCGGGAAGAAGCCAUAGUGAUGAUCAAGUCUGUUCUCCAGGGCUUCAAGGGACAAGGAAAAUACAAGCAGCAGGAGGUGACAGAUACAGCCCUAGCUAUAUUAUUCGCGCGAUCGGGUGACACUACGUCUCUCAUUUCGCACCUUGAAAGCACGAAUUCUGCGAGCCUUUCAGCUGUAGAACCUGUACUCCUCGAAGCCGGAGAAGUAGGCGCUCUAUGUGCAUUACUCAGGGCCAGAGGUGACGAAGGACGAGUAAUGGAAAUUUGGAAGGGGCUGGUAGAGGGACGAUAUAGUGAUCCUUCCGUGACGGACCCCCUGAGUAAUAUGUUUGCCUUGCUGGAAUCAAAACAAGGCAAAGACAGGGCAAUGCUUCGAAAAUGGGGCGUAUGGCUAACAGUACGAGAUUCAGAGCGAGGGCUUAUGCUUCUCAUGUCGACCAAGAGGCCCACAAAAGAAAAAGAUCGAGAGGAGGAUCUCACCAUUCUUUCCGAGUUGCAACAGUUAGAUCCCAAUGCAGCAAGGAAAUACUUGGAGUGGUUGGUCAUUGUGAGGAGGCGAGAUGAUGCGGAACUUCAUGCACAGCUCGUGCAAGGAUGCAUCGACGAGCUUCUCGAGUGCCUGCAGGACGAAAGCACUCUAAAGCUCUGGCGUGCCAAAUUUGCUUCCUACACCUCGCAAUCUUCACAAAAGUAUAUAACCUCCCCUCCAUCCACACAGCUUCAACGUCCUCAAUCGUCCUUCCUUACCUAUUUUGUAUCGACAGCACCCGACUCUCCAUCGAAACGUGCAAGGCUCAAAGCAUUGUUCGCUCUGCAGGCUUUAUCGGGGUAUAACGCUGAAAUGGUCAAAUCACAAAUUGUUGCUAGCGGCUUCGACAAAGUCCUUGGCUUGGAGAUGGCUUUGCUUAACGGCAAGAUGGGCAUGCACAGGAUGGCUCUCCGCGCAUUAGCCCUCACAUUACGAGAUCCCGUCUCGGCAGAGACAUACGCUCGGACGGGGGGCAUCGUCGUCCCUUCAAAAGCUGUCGAAGCUUGCGGAAUGAGUGAAUGGGGCGCGCUGUUCGCAGCCAAAGGUGGUCCUGGAAUCUUGGAGAGAGAGAAGACUUCAGAGGGGAAGGGAGAGUUGGUAAGAAUGCUUUUAGAAGUAUACAUGGAAGACGGGGAGCCCCAACAAACCACAAGACUACUGAGAUCACAGGCCGCGAAUUUAGAUGCCGUUGAUAUCAUUCCCCUCGUACCACCAGACUGGCCACUUAGUUCCCUUUCUUCUUUCCUGACUCACUCAUUCCGCCGAACACUGCACGCCAAGCAUGAGGGUCAGACAAUCAAGGCAAUCUGUGCCGCACAAAACUCCAAAGUGUUUGAGAGCUCCUACCUUGUGUUCCGAGAACAAGGCGCCAUCAUAGAGGAGGCAGAUGAUGAAGAGGAUGGUGAUGGAGAUCUCGAGAGCUUCGAUGAGAAGGACGGCCUUGCAGAGAAGAUCGCGCUGCACCUGCAGGACCAGCAACCGAGCGACACUAGUGUCGCUGACGUGCGUCCUCGUGUGGAAGAGGUAGAUGUUAGAUAGUGUCAUCCUUCUUUCGCGUUUCUCUCUGCCUCUUCGGUUUCUGGUCUAAUUUUCGUGGCCUAGGAUAUGUUGAGCUCGAUUUGCUACCGCGCCAGCUAUUGUACAGCGAAAAAUCUUAAUGGAAGCCCAUCGGACGCCGCGUAAUAAGAUCUAGAAGUGGACGCGAUUUGAAUUCGCGUGACGUGAUAAGUCUAAUAUUUGGUUAAGC